AUGAAGUUGGAUAUAAAGAAAACUUUUAGUAAUAGAUCCGAUCGAGUUAAAGGUAUCGAUUUCCAUCCUACUGAGCCAUGGGUUUUGACUACCUUGUACUCUGGUCGUGUUGAGCUUUGGAAUUACGAAACACAAGUUGAAGUUAGAUCCAUCCAAGUUACGGAAACUCCUGUUAGAGCAGGUAAAUUCAUUGCAAGAAAGAAUUGGAUAAUUGUUGGGAGUGAUGAUUUCAGGAUCAGAGUCUUCAACUACAAUACAGGUGAAAAAGUUGUUGAUUUCGAAGCUCAUCCAGACUAUAUCCGUUCCAUUGCUGUACAUCCAACAAAGCCUUAUGUUUUAUCCGGCAGUGAUGAUUUGACAGUCAAACUAUGGAAUUGGGAAAAUAACUGGGCCUUAGAACAAACUUUUGAAGGUCACGAACACUUUGUCAUGUGCGUCGCAUUCAAUCCAAAGGAUCCUAGUACGUUUGCAUCUGGGUGUUUGGACCGAACCGUUAAAGUUUGGUCAUUGGGACAAUCGACACCAAAUUUCACGUUAACCACAGGACAAGAAAGAGGUGUGAAUUAUGUUGAUUAUUACCCGCUACCUGACAAGCCUUAUAUGAUUACUGCGUCGGACGACUUAACCAUCAAAAUUUGGGAUUACCAAACGAAGUCAUGUGUAGCCACUCUAGAAGGUCACAUGUCCAAUGUUUCUUUUGCUGUUUUCCAUCCAACUUUACCCAUUAUAAUUUCUGGUUCCGAAGAUGGCACUUUAAAGAUAUGGAAUUCUUCCACUUACAAGGUAGAAAAGACUUUAAACGUUGGUUUAGAAAGAAGUUGGUGUAUCGCUACCCAUCCAACAGGACGUAAAAACUACAUUGCAUCCGGGUUUGAUAAUGGGUUUACCGUACUUUCCUUGGGAAAUGAUGAACCAACUUUAUCACUUGACCCUGUCGGUAAGCUAGUAUGGUCAGGUGGCAAAAAUGCCGCAGCUUCAGACAUUUUCACUGCCGUCAUAAGAGGUAACGAAGAAGUUGAACAAGAUGAACCAUUAUCUUUACAAACUAAGGAGCUGGGUUCCGUUGAUGUUUUCCCUCAAUCUUUAGCCCAUUCUCCAAAUGGUAGGUUUGUUACAGUUGUUGGGGAUGGUGAAUACGUUAUUUAUACGGCGUUGGCUUGGAGAAACAAAGCCUUCGGUAAAUGUCAAGACUUUGUUUGGGGCCCCGACUCCAAUAGUUAUGCUUUAAUUGAUGAAACUGGGCAAAUUAAAUACUACAAAAACUUUAAAGAAGUCACAUCAUGGUCUGUCCCAAUGCAUUCUGCUAUUGAUAGAUUAUUUUCAGGUGCCUUGUUGGGUGUGAAGUCUGAUGGCUUCGUCUAUUUCUUCGAUUGGGACAACGGUACGCUAGUUAGAAGAAUUGAUGUUAAUGCUAAGGAUGUCAUUUGGUCCGAUAACGGUGAGCUGGUGAUGAUUGUCAACACCAAUAGUAAUGGUGAUGAAGCAAGUGGUUACACAUUAUUAUUCAACAAGGAUGCUUACCUUGAAGCAGCAAAUAAUGGCAAUAUCGACGAUUCAGAAGGUGUUGAUGAGGCUUUUGACGUAUUGUAUGAACUAAGUGAAUCCAUUACAUCAGGCAAAUGGGUUGGUGAUGUCUUUAUCUUUACCACAGCAACUAACAGGCUGAACUACUUCGUAGGUGGAAAGACUUAUAAUUUAGCCCAUUACACAAAGGAAAUGUAUCUAUUGGGCUAUCUAGCACGUGAUAAUAAAGUAUAUUUAGCUGACAGAGAGGUCCAUGUUUAUGGUUACGAAAUAUCUCUAGAGGUGCUGGAGUUCCAAACAUUGACUUUAAGAGGGGAAAUUGAAGAAGCCAUUGAAAAUGUACUCCCAAAUGUUGAGGGUAAGGACUCUUUAACAAAAAUUGCUAGAUUUCUGGAAGGUCAAGAGUAUUAUGAAGAAGCACUGAAUAUUUCCCCUGAUCAAGAUCAAAAAUUUGAGCUAGCCUUAAAAGUCGGCCAACUUACGCUUGCUCGCGAUUUGUUGACAGAUGAAAGCGCCGAAAUGAAAUGGAGAGCCUUGGGUGAUGCUUCCUUACAAAGGUUCAAUUUUAAACUUGCUGUUGAAGCUUUCACAAAUGCACAUGAUCUAGAAUCUUUAUUUCUAUUGCACUCAUCUUUUAAUAACAAGGAGGGGUUGGUCACUUUAGCUAAAGAUGCUGAAAGGGCCGGUAAAUUCAAUUUGGCUUUUAAUGCAUAUUGGAUCGCUGGCGAUAUACAAGGCGCUAAAGAUCUUUUAAUCAAGUCUCAAAGGUUUUCCGAAGCCGCUUUCCUUGGAUCAACAUACGGUUUAGGAGAUGAUGCAGUCAACGAUAUUGUUACAAAAUGGAAGGAAAAUUUGAUACUCAACGGUAAGAAUACUGUAUCAGAAAGAGUUUGUGGGGCCGAAGGUUUACCAGGCUCUUCGAGUUCAGGAGAUGCCCAACCACUCAUUGACUUAGAUUCCACUCCAGCCCCAGAACAAGCUGACGAAAACAAAGAAGCUGAAGUUGAGGACAGCGAGUUUAAAGAAUCCAACUCAGAGGCAGUUGAAGCCGAAAAAAAAGAAGAGGAAGCUCCCCAGCAACAACAAUCAGAACAACAGCCGGAGCAAGGAGAGGCAGUGCCGGAGCCUGUGGAAGAAGAGAGUUAA